CAUAAAACGUAUUCAACGACGAUUUUCUGUCACCUAAAAAUCACUUCCUUUUCCCUUUUAAAUUCCCAUCUUAUUUUACCCAUUUCCAUAUCCGUUUCAACUAAAUCAUCAAUGGCAGACUCCAAAUCUAAGAGGUGUGCAGUUGUUACGGGAUCAAACAAAGGCAUUGGAUUUGCCAUAUGCAAGCUUCUGGCUUCCGAAGGGAUUGUGGUGGUAUUGACUGCAAGAGAUGAGAAGAGAGGACUCGAAGCCGUGGACAAGCUUAAACUAGAGUCUGGCCUCUCUGACCAUGUCUUCUUCCACCAGCUCGAUGUCUCCAAUCCUGCCAGUGUUUCAUCGCUUGCAGACUUCAUUAAGCGCCAAUUUGGAAAGCUUGAUAUUCUGGUGAACAACGCUGGCGUCUUGGGAUGCAUUGUGGAUUAUGAUGGGUUAAGAGCAGCCGGCGUGGGAAAGAAGCGAUUUAAGUGGAGUGAAAUCUCAACAUCGACCUACGAGUUAACUGAAGAGUGCAUUAACAUCAACUACUAUGGUGCCAAAAGGAUGGUUGAUGCACUCAUCGGCCUCCUCCAACUAUCAGACUCGCCGAGGAUUGUUAAUGUUUCCUCCACCUCCGGGAAGCUAGCGCUUUUCCCGGAUGGCUGGGCUAAGAACGUCUUUAGCGAUGCCGAAUGCCUCACAGAAGAAAAGGUGGACGAGGUAUUGAAGGAGUUUCUAAAAGAUCUUAGGCAAGGUUCUCAUGGGACCAAAGGCUGGCCUGCUUCUCAUUCUGCUUAUAUAGUUUCUAAAGCGGCGUUAAACGCUUACACGAGGAUUUUAGCAGCCAAGUACCCCACGUUUCGUGUAAAUUGCGUCUGCCCUGGAUUCGUCAAGACGGAUAUAUUGCACAACACCGGUGUCUUGACUCCGGAAGAAGGCGCGAAGGGUCCCGUCAGUCUGUCCUUGCUGCCCGAUGACGGCCCAACUGGCCGAUUCUUUCAAGGGACGAAGGAAUUGUCCUUCGUCUCGUUUGAAGAUGGUUCUGAAUUUCCCAAUGGCGAAAAAAUUAUAUAUCCUGAUUUUAACUGAAGAUGUUCCGUCUUUGGAAUGUAGACAUUUGCAAUAUAUUGCUUUUGUGUGAGAAAUAGACGUGUGGAAUAGCUACUGAUAAGAGAGAGGAGAGAGAGAGAGAGAGAGAGAGCAAAAAAUAAGAAAUUCACUUUCUACUCUUAAAAGGAUUUGAAUAUGUUGUUCGAUGGACCAUUCAUGUAAGGUUUACACAUAAAUAAUGGUAUGGAACUCUUUGUA